AUGAAGAAGUUUUUAAUUGUUCUUUUGAGUUUAACUUUGGUUUUUGCUCUUCCAAUAAAUGAAGUCGAGGAUAGCCUAGAAGAUGAUGUACCUGAAGAUGGAUGGUUUGUUCCACAAAAAGAUGGCUCACUAAAAUGGAUGACCGAAGAAGAAGCUCAAAUACAAGCACGAGCUCAACUUAUGUCUCGAAAAAAGUCUAAGGAAGCUAAAGUCGAAUUUUAUUUGUACACUGCAGAAUUCCCCAAUGAAGGACAUCAAAUAUAUAUUGGAGAUAGUGCAAAUUUGAAAAUGUCAUCUUUUAAUAGUGAGAAUCCAACAAGAAUUAUCAUUCAUGGCUGGCAAAAUAACUAUAAAUCCGAUGUUAACACAGAAAUCCGUGAAGCUUUAUUCAGCAUGGGUGAAUACAAUGUGAUUUCUGUGGAUUGGAGUGACAAAGCCGAUCGUUAUAAUUAUGUAUCCGCUGCAGGAGCAGUUUCUGAAAUCGGUCAGAGAGUUGCUCAUUUGAUUGAAUUCCUUCGCGAUGAAGGAAAUGUGAAAAAUGAGGAUUUGAUAGUCAUUGGUCAUAGUUUGGGAGCUCAUGUAGCUGGAUUUGCUGGUAAAACGAUUGAAGGAGAACAAAUUCACACCAUCAUUGGCUUGGAUACUGCAUUUCCUCUGUUCAAGUAUGACAAAUGUGAUGAACGCUUAUGCAGUACGGAUGCAAUGUACGUUGAAUCAAUUCAUACAAAUGGAAAACUAUUGGGAUUCAUACAGCCAAUUGGUCAGGUGGCAUUUUAUCCAAAUGGAGGCAAGACUCAACCAGGAUGUGGACUUGAUAUGAGUGGAACGUGUUCACAUUCGAGAGCUUAUAUUUAUUAUGCCGAGUCAAUAAGACAGAAUUUUUUGGGUCUGAAGUGUGACGAUUGGAAAACUGCUGUAAAGAAGAAUUGCCUGGCAGGUGGUCAAGGAACAAUGGCAGGAUUUAGUCAUGCAUAUAAUUAUAUGAAAUUGGAUGGUACAUUUUAUUCUCCAGUAGAUAAAAAGUCACCAUAUAGUUUGCUUACUAAAUAUAAUACAUAA